AUCGUCGGAUGGCAUUUUUGACAGUUCACUCACACCGAUAUGCUGUGGCACUACUACCAAGAUAAAAAAUGAAAGAAAUUAACUCGCAGAUGUGGAAUGGCGAACAGUAUAAAUUUGAACUUCGACGAUGCAGGAUUUCUCUGAAAAAUCAAUUUUCCCCCUGGGUUGUGCAGUGAUAGUGACAGUGUUGUGUGUGUUUCUAGUGAAUGGCCUGCUGAAUCUGCCUGUGCUUAUCAGCAAUUUUUUGUGUGCAUUGGCCGAAGUGCUGAAGUGGGGUGGCCUUGAGCAAGUGAGCCGUGGAAAACCGACUGUGAAGCUAAAGCUGAAAACGGGAAAAGGAUAAUCCGCCGGAAUUGGGUCGAUGUUUGUUUGAAUAAUGGUGCCCUGUUUAUAGGAUCUAGAACGCUAGAGCUGUAUCUUUGCGGUAAAAAUGGAAGAACAUCGAGUGUUCCCCCAUAAGAUUUCUAUGUGAUGCGGUCGGAACCACAACCGGAAGUAGCUGUCCAACAUCAUUUGAGGAAAAUUGAAAGGUGUAGAAAACAGAGUGUUGCGGUACAGUUAGGAGCAGUUUUGGGCCCGAAGCAAGUUCCACACGCUGAAAAAUGACUUCCCGUUUGGAUCGGCUUUUUAUCCUGUUGGAGUCGGGGUCGGCGGCCGUUACGCGCAAGGCUGCCGCCAAGCAGAUCGGCGAAGUGCAGAGGCUUCACCCGCACGAGCUGCAUAACCUGUUGAACCGGCUACAAACGUACCUGCACAGCACCAACUGGGAAACGAGAAUAGCAGCAUCGCAAGCGGUGCAGGCAAUUCUGGAAAAUGUUCCCAAAUGGGAGCCCGAGGGACUAGGAGGUGGCGAAGUGGAUGUCAAACAGGAACUGAUCGACGACACCGACAGCAAAGGGGUACGACUGUCGUUUGAUAAGUUUGACCUGGCAGCGGUUCUGCAUCGAGGCGCUCGGUUGAUGGGUUCCGAAGGUACGGAAUUUGAUACGGUCGAAGACAACGAGGUCGGUGACCCUAGAGAAAGGUGGAUCAGGCAGCGUGCUUUGCUGAACGAAAAGUUAGGUCUUAGUACCGGAGUCAAUAUAGAUGAUAUAGUUUCCAUCGAAGAUAUGCAGAACCGAAGCGCACAGGUUCAAGCUAUGGGCGAGAGUGAGCGGUUGAUGCCGGUUCAGGAAAUAUUGAAACUAGAGAGUAGUGGAGGCGAUGGACAACCACUGAGCUGUCGGGAGAAGAAUAGGGCUCGUAGGAAGGCUCGAGAGCAGCAAAAAGCUUUCACCAAUCCGAUCAAUGCGAUUGUGUCAGGUAAUUCAGGAGGAGGAAGUAACGGAUCUUUGGACAUGGAGCCAGACCGGAAAAGGGCAAAGCUUGAGGGGAAAGGUGACCUAGCAGGAUUUAGCGAACCAGUCCCAGAUCUUACGGGGUCAUGGGUGGAUGCUACGGAAUGGCCUUUGGAAUCUUUUUGUUUUAAACUGUAUAUGGAUUUGUUCAGUCCCCGGUGGGAAACACGCCAUGGAUCGGCGACAGCUCUACGAGAACUUCUUAAAAGUCACUCGGAUGGAGCUGGUAAGAGUAUCUACAUGACGAAACAGCAAAUGGACCAGUAUCAUCAGUUAUGGCUUGAAGAUGCCACAUUGAGAUUGUUGUGCGUACUGGCACUGGAUCGAUUUGGAGAUUUCGUUUCCGAUCAAGUCGUGGCACCAGUUCGGGAAACAUGUGCUCAAGUUCUGGGAACUAUUUUGAAACAACUUCCGUUGGAAAAGGUUCACAAGACAGUCAGUAUUUUACUAACGUUUAUAAAGCAAAAGGACUGGGAAGUGCGCCAUGGAGGUCUGCUGGGCAUCAAAUAUAUGUUGGUAGUAAGAGAAGAUUUGGUUCAAACAUUUUUGCCGGUAAUAAUCAACGAAGUUUUGACGGGUUUGUUUGACUCCGUUGAUGACGUUGGAGCAGUGGCAGCUGAUACAUUGAUUCCGAUUGCCUCAUGGCUACCGAAAUUACUCUCAAAGGCACAAGUUUCCCAUAUCGUAAAACUAUUGUGGGACCUUCUGCUGGACCAAGACGAGCUGGCUUCCGCAUGUAACAGUUUCAUGGGUUUGCUGGCUUCUAUUCUGAGUUUACCCAAUGCUUCGAGCUGGAUACAGAUGGAACCUAUGUCGAUAUUGGUUCCCCGCCUUUGGCCAUUUUUGAGCCAUUGUACUUCUUCGGUAAGGCGAUCGACUUUGCAGACACUGAAAACUCUGACCAACAGCCAGUCUUUGAACCCAGCCGAAAUUCCAUCAACAACUGUAAAUAAUGGAGUUAACGGAAAAGCUACUUCAGUUAUUGUAAGCACAGCAGAAGCGCUCGCAAAGGCAGCAACCGAAGCCAACGCAAUCCUUCAGGUGAACUCAACGGAAAAUCUAGUGCUGAACUUUGGUGUACAAGAUUGGCCUCCUGCUUUGCUUCAAGAAGCCUUGCGUCACAUUUACCAGCGAGUUCUGGUGGAGCAUGUGGAAGAUAUUCAAUCGUUGGCCGAGGCCGUGUGGAACAAUCUGAUCAUCAACGCAGAGCUUUCUGCUCUGUUACAUGCUUCAUGUCCAUUUGUGGCUAGUUGGUUGUGUCUUGCCAUGCAGCCGGUGCGCUUAGCGUUCGAUCCAUCUUCGUUGAUUUAUAGCAAACCGAUACAGCCAACUCAAAUGCGUGAACGCCGGCGUCAGUUUGACUCGUUUGAAUCGUCCGGCAGUGGAGUACCAUCAAGGCAAAAACUGUAUCUUGGAGGAUCGGAAACAAUACCACUAGAGAUUCGCGAAAGAAAUGUAAUACGGGCACGCAUCAAAUGCUCUAAAAUGGUAGGGUUACUCUCCAGAUACCUUGUGUUGCCAGCUCCAGGCGUUGAAUAUACACCCGAAAUUGAAAGCCCAGUAGAUUGUUAUACCAAAGUGUUGUUAGGCUAUCUACAGUCCCGUUCGGCAUUGCAACGAUUGAUCGCAAGUUUAGUCAUUGCAUUCUGGUGUAGUAACGAUGUCAGUUUACCACCAGGCCCGCCCCCACUGCAGGAUAGGUUGAAAGUAUGCCUAAAUGAAUACGUAUAUUAUGAUGAAGUUGCGAUUCUGUUCACUCGGCUGCUACAGGAAAGCAGAGAUUAUUUAGCCACUUUGAAGCAACAUAAAAUCCAGUUCGUCGAAUUUGAGAACGUUAAAGUUCUUAGUUUAGACCAAAUUUACCAGCUGUGUACAGUGAUGUCAGAGAACCUAAAAAACAAAUAUGGUCUGAAAACGAAAACAGCAGAAAUGCUGGAUGAACGACGCAGAGGACUGUUGGGAAACCACACUAGUACUUCGUUGGAGCAAAAUAAUCUCCAUAUAAGUACACAAGCAUCGUUGGCCGGAGCUGUUGUUAGUUUGCACACCCUGCCGGAAAAGUUGAACCCAGUUGUUAAACCUCUAAUGGAAUCAAUUAAAAGGGAAGAAUGUGAACUGCUUCAAAAACUGUCUGCCAAAUAUCUAGCCCAGUUAUUGGACCAAGUUACAGUACGAACUCCUUGUCCAAACAAUAAGAUUGUGCUGAAUUUGUGCACAUUGCUUAAAAGUGAUAUAGAGUUCACACCAAAGUUAUCGAUCCCAGAACGUGAAAUGCGACACUAUGAUCCAGCAAAUAACGGGGAAAACAAUCCGUAUCAUGGAAUAAUCACCUUGAUGAAUCAACAGAAGACAAAGGAAGGAAGCAAUGGUGUAGCAUCGACAUCUCGUGGCCCGGGCAGGCCGACAUCAGUUUCUAGUGAAGCUCCAAAUGCUGAUGAUACUGCAAACGAAAAUGAUGAAGUCAACCGCAAGAACGCUCGGACGCAAAGGCUCGGCGCGACACAUGCUAUUACUACCAUAUGUUCUUUUUUCAAAGCUAGUCUACCCCAGAAACUACCAGUGGUAUGGCAACAAAUGACGGAAAAGAUCGAAUCCAAAGUCGAUGAACAUUAUAUAGAACGACUUAGUCGUGAGGUGAUCAAUCUUGAGGAAACCACUGAUUUGCUAACGUCUCUUCAACUGAUUGAAGUCGCAGCCCAGCACAUUGAUCGGGGUCUCCACGAUCAGCUAUUUCAGCUACUACCUAAGCUUAGCAUUUUGCUUAAACACCCACUUAAAGCUAUCAGACAUAUGGUUGGAAGAUGUUUGGCCACGCUUGCUCUGGUCAAUUCUAAAGUGGUCAUGACAAUGGUCAUCAAUGAUAUUGUACCUAUGUUAUCGUCCAUCGAAAACGUCAUCAAGCGUCAGGGAGCAGCCGAAGCUAUAGCUUGCAUUGUUAGUAAACUCCACUUCGAAAUAGUUCCCUUUGUAGUUCUGCUGGUAGUGCCUCUUCUAGGGCGCAUGAGCGACCCAGAUCAAGCAGUUAGACUAGUUUCAACUCACUGCUUCGCUACACUGAUCCAACUGAUGCCCCUGGAUAGUAUCAACUCAGAUACCGGACAUCUUACCGAAGAUCUCAAAGAUCGUAAGCUAAAGGAUAAAGAAUUCCUCGAGUAUCUGUUUACUCCCAAAAGUAUUCCUGACUUUAAAAUACCUAUCGAAAUAAAUGCGGAGUUGAGAAGUUACCAGCAGUCUGGAGUCAACUGGCUCUGGUUCCUCAACAAAUAUAAGCUACAUGGAAUUCUCUGUGACGACAUGGGUCUCGGAAAGACUUUGCAGGCGAUUUGCAUUCUAGCCGGGGAUCACCAUCAACGAAGCCUCGAUCCGAAGUGUUCUAAACUGCCGAGCAUUGUCAUCUGCCCACCUACGCUCACUGGUCAUUGGGUGUACGAAGUGGAAAAAUUCCUUCCAAAUCACUUUCUCCGCCCGCUGCACUACGUCGGUCUUCCGGUGGAUCGCGAAAGACUUCGGCAUAAAUUGGGAGUUUACAAUCUGAUUGUAGCCUCGUACGAAAUCGUCCGCAAAGACAUUGAGUUCUUCAGCUCCGUACAUUGGAACUAUUGCGUCCUUGACGAAGGUCAUAUUAUUAAAAAUGGAAAAACGAAAAGCUCUAAGGCUAUCAAGCAGUUGGUGGCAAAUCAUAGGCUGAUCCUUUCCGGUACACCGAUCCAAAACAACGUGCUGGAACUGUGGUCUCUUUUCGAUUUUCUCAUGCCAGGAUUUCUGGGCACGGAGAAGCAAUUCAGCACCCGAUUUUCACGUCCCAUCUUGGCCAGCCGGGAUCCUAAGAGUUCGGCAAAGGAUCAGGAGGCAGGAGCGCUAGCAAUGGAAGCCCUGCACCGUCAGGUCUUACCAUUUCUACUGCGGCGUGUUAAAGAAGAUGUGCUGACAGAUUUGCCACCCAAAAUUACUCAGGAUUUGCUCUGUGAAUUGAGUCCGCUUCAGGAACGCCUCUAUGAGGACUUCUCUCGAACCCAUCUGAACUCCGACAUUCGCGAAUGUUUAGAAAAUAUUGACGGGCAGAUGGUCAGCAAGAAGACACAUGUGUUCCAGGCUUUGAGGUAUCUUCAGAAUGUCUGUAACCAUCCAAAGCUUGUGCUUACUCCGUCACAUCCAGAGUUUCAAACUAUCGUUGGAGAGUUUAGUCGUAGUGGAAACACGUUGGAUGAUAUAGAGCACUCUGCUAAGCUACCAGCGCUUAAACAACUUUUGCUCGACUGUGGCAUCGGUACCAAUGAGGACAUGUCGGUGAAUCAACACCGAGCGUUAAUUUUCUGUCAGUUGAAGGCAAUGCUGGAUAUCAUAGAGAAUGAUCUACUCAAGAAGCAUUUACCCGCAGUUUCCUAUCUUAGACUGGAUGGCAGUGUCCCUCCCAGUUUGCGUCAUCAAAUAGUAACCAAAUUCAACGGGGAUCCUAGCAUUGAUGUCCUGUUACUCACGACACAGGUGGGCGGCUUAGGUUUAAAUUUGACUGGAGCAGAUACGGUUAUCUUCGUGGAGCACGAUUGGAAUCCCAUGAAGGACCUGCAGGCCAUGGAUCGUGCCCAUCGAAUCGGUCAAAAGAAGGUGGUCAAUGUGUACCGUCUGAUCACCCGUAAAUCAUUGGAAGAGAAAAUUAUGGGACUUCAAAAAUUUAAACUGCUGACAGCCAAUACGGUGGUCAGUGACGAGAACUCAUCUAUGGAAACUAUGGGCACAGACCAGCUGUUGGAUCUCUUCGUGUUGAACGACAAUGGUCGGAAGCAAGAAAGGGGCACAGAUCGAACCUCGGCCAGCCAGGGUAGCUCCAGUUCCGCGGCACCAGGUGAGACCAAUGAUUCGAACGGAAGCAACAGCACCUUCAAAAACGUACUGGAAAAUCUACCGGAACUGUGGGACGAUAAACAGUACCACGAGGAGUACGACCUAUCUCAAUUUUUGGAAGGACUGAAGAAAAACUAGUCCCCACGCUGACGCGCAGGUUAGCGUUUAGUACUUGGUUUUGCUAUCAUACAUUAUACAGUUAUAGGUUUAGUUGCUAAGCAAACGAAAUUGGAGCGUUCAAGCUCUGCCUUUUAUCAUCAGCUAUACUAGGAUUAGAAGGAUAAUAAAUUGUUCACUUCUUGGAAUAUUAUCAUGCGCAUCAUCCCCCAUCCUGGAAACAACGCGUUAAACAAAUUUGUUUCUGGAUUUUCAUUAAAUUAUUGGCACCGAAUUGAAUUUUGGAGUACACAUUGUUGUAGAUUUUUCAUUUUUCCUUAAUAAUAGAGGUAGGAGAAUAAAAUUCUUGAUUGAA